AUGAUCUCUCUACCGCCACCGCCACAGCAGCAGCAGCAGCAGCAGCAGCAGCAGCAGCAGAUGACGGGGAUGAGCCGCGCCAGCAGCCCGGGGACCCUUCGGGCGAGCGCAGACCCGUGGUACCCCUCAGCAGGCGGAGCAGCAGCAGCAGCAGCAGCAGCAGCAGCAGCAGCAGCAACAGCACUACCACAGCAGCAACUCCUAGCAUCUGUAGCAGCUCAUCACCAGCAGCUGCAGCAGCUGCAUUUGCGUCAUAUGCAGCAGCAGCAGUUGUAUCAACAGCAGCAGCAGCAGCAGCAGCAGCAGCAGCAACAGCAGCAGUCCCCGCAUACCCAGAAAACUUCAGCAGCAGCAGCAGCAGCAGCAGCAGGAUUCUCUCUAUGGAGCAGCAACUUCGCGCAGCCAGCGCCGCGGGUUGCCCCCGAUACAAUAGCAGCAAUAUGGGCGAGAGACGCAGCAGCAGCACCACACCAGGAGCUGCUGCCGCUGCAGCAGCAGCUGCAGCAGCAGCAGCAGCUGCAGCAGCAGCAGCUACAACAGCAGCAACUGCAGCAGCAACAACUACAACAGCAGCAACAACUCCAGCAGCAACUGCAGCAGCAGCAGCAAACCAGAACCCUACACUUCCCCACGCAGCAGGUACACCCGGUGCUGCAGCCGCCUCCUUCUCUGCUGCAGACGGAGAUGCUGCAUGCGCGCCAGCUGCUGCAGCAGCAGCAGCUGCAGCAGCAGCAACUGCAGCAGCAGCAACUGCAGCAGCAGCAACUGCAGCAGCAGCAGCAGCUGCAGCAGCAGCAACUGCAGCAGCAGCAACUGCAGCAGCAGCAACUGCAGCAGCAGCAUCUCGGUGCUGUUGCUGAUAGUGGAGAUCCUUCUGGGGUGUAUAUGCAGCAGCAGCAGCACUUUCGCACAGCAGCAGCUGCAGCAGCAGCAGCAGCAGCAGCAGCAGCAAGACCCAAAGACUUGUUUGCUGCUCCUACUCUCGUACAAGGGUCCCUAGCCCCGCCCCCGCAUGCAGAUCGUUAUGGGCCCUCUCCUGCUGCUGCUGCUGCUGCUGCUGCUGCUUCUCACUUCGCCGGUGUAUCUACUGGGGGGUCCUUCCACAUGCAGCAGCAGCUGCUGCAGCAGGCUAUACACAACUCGCAGCAAGCAGCAGCAGCAGCAGCAGCAACAACAUCCUAUGCGCAGCAGCUGCAGCACCAUCAUGAUAGAGACCUAUGGGGUGAUGCUGCUGCUGCUGCUGCUGUUGCUGCUAGGGGUCCUGCUGCUGCAGCACCAGGUGCACUCGACACACUGGAGCAGCAGCAGCAGCAGCAGCAACAGCAGCAGCAGCCUUCAUUUGUACCCUAUGUGCAGCAGCAGCAGAGCAGCAGCAGCAGCAGCAGCAACAGCAGCAGCAGCCUUCAUUUGUACCCUAUGUGCAGCAGCAGCAACAGCAGCAGCAGCAGCAGCAGCAGCAGCAGCGGCAGCGCAACGGUGCUUAUGGGGUGCUGCCGCAUCCAGACAGCAGCCAGCUACACACAGGGACCCCAAAAUUUUAUAUGUAGCAGCAGCAGCAGCAGCAGCAGCAGCAGCAGCAGCAAAAGCAGCAGCAGCAGCAGCAGCAGUAGCAGGAACAGCAGCAGCAACAACAGCAACAAACUAACGAUUGAGGGGCAGCUUUAUGCAUUUUGCUGCAACAGCCGCAGCAGUCUCCUCCGCCUGCUGCUGCUGCUGCUGCUGCUGCUGCUGCUGUUGCAGCAGCAGCAGCAGCAGGAAGAGCAGCAGCAACAGCAGCAGCAGCAGCUGCUGCUGCUGCAGCUGCAGCUGAGAGCAGCAGCAACAGCAGCAGCAGCAGCUGCUGCUGCUGCAGCUGCAGCUGCAGGGAAGAGCAGCAGCAACAGCAGCAGCAGCAGCUGCUGCUGCUGCAGCUGCAGCUGCAGCAGAUGA